UGAGCCACUAGGAUCAGAUUCAUGGAAAUCAUAGGCUAGGAGAGGAAACAAAGCUCACUCUGCUCAUUGACCUAUUUAAAACCCAUCAUCCUGGAUUCCCCUCUUCCUCCCCUGGCUCCCCAUUAUGCCUAUUUAAGCUUCCACUACUCUUAGCCCCGAGGAAGGCGGAGGGUCCCCGGCCCCUUCCUCAGCUAUGUAUAGUCUCUGCCCGUAGAACCUCCAGGCUAGGGCCCGAGCAGCUCAGAACGGCUGUACCCACUGGACUCUCCAGGUCCUUAUCCUCCCAUCCCUUGGACACUUGAUGUCUCCCCAAACCACAACAUCCUUUGAGGUUUGGGCCUGUUGAUGCCAAGCCGGAUAGCCUUCAAAUAGAGCUGGCGAGGUUCAGCUCAGGCCCACCCUUCUGUGGUCAGCCAGAGGAAUACCCCUCCCCUGGGGGGCCAGGAAGCUCAGAGGGUAUAAAUGAUGCCCUGAAAAAGGGGGUGAAGACACACAGGACCAGGCUGGACUGAACUGAACAGAACGUGAGCUCCUGCCGGACAGAGCCGCACCAUGAAGACAGUCCUCCUCCUCUCCUUGCUGACCCUGGCCACCCUCUGUCUUUGCAAGCAAGAUGCUCAAGCCGGGCCCCAAGACUCUGGCAAAAGAACCGCAUUUGCCUCCAAACGUGACAGCAGCGAACUGGUGAGACCAAAGCGUCACCUGUAUAACUGGCAAGGGCUUCCCGCUCCCUACCCUGACCCCUUGGAGCAGAAGCGAGAGGUGUGUGAGCUCAACCCAGACUGUGACGAGCUGGCUGACCAUAUUGGCUUCAGCGAGGCAUAUCGGCGAUUCUACGGGACGGCCUAGACCCCAAGACAGACACCUCCCUUCCUCCAGUUUGCUGCCUGUAUGUCCUGGCUCUGCCCUUACCCCGAGACACCCAACCUCACGCUACACAGCUGUUCCCCAAAACCCUACCUGCUCCCUGGUGCUCCCCCUAUUCACACUGCCAGUCCAUGGCCAGCUCCAAAGUUCGUCCCUUCUGGCUUUUUCAGAAAUAAAUCCGAGGAGAGGAA